GUCGAAUUUAGUUCAGGGGGUCAGAUUCGGAUUGUGUUGGCUUUCGUCUGCCGGCAGAACGGAACCGCGGAUUCGUACCGCGGCUGUACACUGAAUAUACUGACUGUGAGAGUGCCAGCAACAUCGUUCUUUUUGUACUCCGAGGAUUUACUCCGUCGUGACAAACCCCAUCGGAGGAUUGCUAAAUUCCGAUUCUGCAGUGUCCGUAGACAUCGUCUGAUAACUCCACCAUCGAAACAGCGGGCGAAUCAGAAUGACUUCGCAGCAAAACGGAGAUUGUGGAGGAUGUUGGCCCGAGGACGUAGGAAUCCACGCGCUCGAGGUCUACUUUCCUCACACGUACGUCGAUCAGGAAGAGCUCGAGAUCUUCGACAAAGUUUCCAAGGGCAAGUACACCGUCGGCUUGGGACAGAACAAGAUGGGCUUCUGCAAUGACAGGGAAGACAUCCACUCACUGGCCCUGACCGUUGUUUCUCGGCUGUUGGAGAGAACCGGAGUUAAAACCUCGCAAAUCGGCCGUCUCGAGGUCGGUACGGAGACCCUCGUUGACAAAUCGAAAUCAGUAAAAACUGUGCUCAUGCAGCUCUUUGGUGACAACACUGAUGUUGAGGGUAUUGAUACAACGAAUGCAUGCUAUGGUGGCACGCAGGCUCUUCUGAACUCAAUUGCGUGGGUGGAAUCCUCCGAGUGGGACGGUCGCUGGGCGCUCGCUGUAGCCGCGGACAUCGCGAUAUAUGCAACGGGACCCGCUCGACCCACCGGCGGCGCUGGAGCCAUAGCGAUGCUCGUAAAACCCAAGGCCCCUCUCGUGUUGGAACGUGGAGUUCGAGCCUCGCACAUGGCUCAUGUGUACGAUUUCUACAAGCCGGAUAUGCUCUCCGAGUAUCCAACAGUUGACGGCAAAUUGUCCGUCGAGUGCUAUUCACGGGCGCUAGAUAAGUGCUACCAGGGUUACUGUCAGAAGUUCGCCAAGCUUCACAAAGGGGCCCAGAUCAGACUCAAGGAUUUCGAUGCCCUCAUAUUCCAUUCGCCUUACGGAAAAUUAGUUCAGAAGUCACUGGCGCGACUUGUGCUCAACGACUUCUUACAACACCCGAAUUGUCAGGAGUAUCAAAGCGUGAUCGGAUUCAAGGACGUCAAAUUGGAAGACACUAUUUUCGAUAGGGACGUCGAGAAAGCAUUCAUUGCUCUGUCAAACGAUAUCUUCGUCAAGAAGACAAAGCCAUCACUCCUGAUUUCGAACCAGGUGGGCAACACGUACACCUCGGCGCUAUAUUCUUGUUUAGCGUCGUACCUGGGCAACACUGCCAUCGAGUCAAUAGCGGGAAGGAGGCUCGGUAUGUUCUCGUACGGUUCGGGAUCUGCCGCCACCUUUUUCUCGCUGCGAGUGACCGACGACGUGUCGAAGGGUUCUCCCCUGCAAAUGUUGCACGAAUCCUUGGCCGAUCUAAAGGAUCGGUUGGCCCAACGCAUCAAAGUAUCGCCCCUCGAUUUCGGCACCAUCAUGAAGCACCGCCAAGAGACCCAUCACCUCGCUCCGCACACCCCGGUCGGCUCGUUGGAAGGGCUCUCCGCAGGCACGUGGUACCUGACUCAGGUGGACGACAUGCAUCGGAGGACGUAUUCACGCAAGCCACUGAAAAAUCAACAAUCACUUUCUAAUGGCAGCGCUAUAAAGGAGGCCUGUUUCAAGGACGUAGCAGGCAUCGCUUCACAGUGCGCUGAAACCCUGCGGACGUGAGAGGUGUCGAUUUGUUCACACGAAGCUGUCUCGAACGCGAAACGAAGUCUGGAUCGGUGGCAAUAUUUACAAGAAGAGAACACACAAACACAUUUCCUCUUAGAGAUGACAUACAUAGAUUCGAAAGGAAACGGUAGCAUAUCAGCAGUUCACAAAUCAGCAACAACAACAAAUCAUCCCUCGAAGGGAGACUAACGAACGUACGAACUAAAUCCGUUGAAUCGGAAGAACUCACAAGGUCGGUCAGAGUUCUGAGACUCGCCCCGCGCUCCUUAAAACGCAGAAUGGUUUUAUAAAGACUCCCCAAUGAUUUCAGUUUCCCUCUUCCCUCAUUACAUUUCUUGUAGGUGUGGCUCGGAUGUUCACCAGGAGUCCCGAAUACCUAUUAGUGCCCAGCUUUUUUAUUAAUCAUCAGAGUCUGCGGUCGGUCGACUGGAAUGACGCGGGGAGUCCUGACAUAGUUACGCAACGAUACAUAUGUGCCAGGAUUCUUAGCCGAAUAAUUGUAGAGAAAGGUCGAAUACCAUCGGACCUUAAGCCAGCGACAAAGACAUGUCGAUGAUUCCCGGGGUAUCUUCAGAAGUUGUUCCUCCAUGAAGAAUUUUGUAACAAUGCUUUUUUUAUAAUUCAUCUAAUCUUCCACUUCCGCUCUGUUAUCUGUCCGCGAUUGGUGUACGAAAUCCUUGAGAUGCGAAAUAUCCUGGAUUCGGUCCCGAUGUGAAAGCUAUCUGUUCAGUUUAGCUGAAUAAUACCUACAAAUACUAAUCCUUCUACUCGAGCGUAGGGAUGAGUUGCUGAGUCGUCUUCCACGUUGGGUUCGCUUGAGCUGGAGUUAUGACUCUCUCGAAACAAAUGAAGCAGACUUUGGUUGUACACUCGUUGGUUUUUUUCUUGUUCCAUUGAUUUACAUGUACAUGACAAUCCUGUAUUUCCUAGAGUCUUCUUCUCGCGGUGUGUAGAGCGAGGAAUGACUAACG